AGGCAAGACGGAAGGCACCGUAGAUAUAGCGAGGACCCAGUAAAGAUGGCGGAGCGUUCAGUUCUUUUCGUCUGUUUGGGCAAUAUUUGUCGAUCUCCAAUUGCUGAAGCUAUCUUCAGGAAGCUGGCAACAGAUCAGGGAGUAAUAAAUAAAUGGAAAAUAGACAGUGCUGCAACCUCAACGUAUGAAAUAGGGAAUCCGGUUGACCCACGAAGCCAAAGGUGUCUGAGGAAGCAUGAUGUUACCACGAAUCACAUUGCCAGGCAGGUAACUGACAAUGAUCUUGCAACAUUUGAUUUUAUGCUUUGCAUGGAUGACAGCAAUUUGAGAUCUUUAAAAUCAUUGGCUGGAAAAGUAAACAAUCCAAAGUCAAAAAUACAAUUACUUGGAUCAUAUGAUCCACAAAAGAAGCUUAUUAUACACGAUCCUUAUUAUGGAGAGGAAUCAGAUUUUGAAGAAGUGUACCAGCAGUGCUUAAGGUGUUGCACAGCAUUCCUGGAAGCUAAUAAUUAAUUACGUUCAAGAGGAGUUAUUUUUAUCAUGUAUUAGAACAAAUUAUAUCAUUGAGCCUGGAUUUACUAACAUCAUUGGUUUCAGAUUUCCAGAUCUAGUUACUGGAAAUUAAAUUAAAUAUAGCUAACAAUAUUAAACAUACGUUUCAAUGUUCCUGUUUUCUCUGUAGUGAGUAGACAGAAGUAUUCAUCCACGCAAAUUUUAAAACUGCUAAAACCUCAUUAAAACUUGCAUUUGAUGGUC